AACCUGUUACCAGGUUGUAGGUCUUCAAAGCUAUGGCAAACAUAAGAGUGCUUUGUUUAUAGUCAGACUGUGCAUAGAGCAUUUGAAAGAAAUAUUCAAACUGAUUUUCAUAUUUCAAAAAUUUUUGAACAUUUGUGAAUUUUGUUGUGAAUUUUGAUUAUGAUACAAAGUGUCAAGAAAUUAUCCUUACAUUCAAAAAAAAUUGAAACCUUGAGAAAAUGAUUAGAGACAACAGGGGACAGAGAAAAGAACAAUGCAUUUCAGAUGAUAAAGAGCAUUAGACAAAUUUUGCUUAUUUAAUUGCUUAACAAAAAUAUUCAUCAAAUGAACUUUGUAGCAGAGAGUUUCCGAAUGAAAGAUGACAGAUAGCUUGCUUAUUCUAACUGGAAACCAAUGAUAACCACUAAUUGAAAAUUUUGUGUAAAUUUUACAAAAUUUUUCUCUAAGAAGCAUAGCAAAUAUGCCAUCGUUCUGUUUCAAUUCGACUUCACAAUCAUUCGAUAUUAUAUCCCCAAAUACGGUUAAAAAAGAUAAAGAUGUUCGCAAAUUUCUACAAACAUUUUGGUCAUUUCGUCUUAACAUUCAAAUAACACAAAAUUCGGAUUUAAAAGAAUUGAUGCAAGAAAAUCUUGCUAUGAUAUUUUGGAGCUAAAGAAUGGUGUUUCUAAUGCCCUUUUUUAUUGCACAUUCAAAGUUUGAGGUUUUUUCCAAAUUUUAGACCAUCUGUCAAAAGCUAAUAUGCAGCAAAUAUCUGUAUUUUAUGUGCAGUAAAAAUAUAGACUUUUAAUGAGAUAUAUAAACUGCAGGAAGUGAUUUUUUAGAAAAUAAUUUUGCUAGCUCUUUCAUGUUUGAGCUGUUAAUCUAAAAAAUGCUACACCAAAAUUUACAAUUUCUUUCCGUGUUACCAAGCUUAAAUUGUCUUUGCUUAAGGCAGAUGGUUUCUGUAAUCUAUCAUUGUUAACGUGUAGAAAACAAAUUGGUUUCGAAUCACUUCGGCAAAGGCUCACAAACCAAAGUAAAUUUACUGCCAGCAUUAGCAUAUAGAAAAAAGUUUUAUAAUUGCACCCAACGCGUUCAAGCAGCAAAUAUUUUGCAAAUUAUGAGGCAACGCAUAUUAUGAUGUAUCAUCACGCAAAAUGUAGUUUUUUUCUUUCGCAAUCAAUUGAAGGAGAAAGGUUUAUGAAAAAAAUGAGGUGACGUCUUAUAAAACAGAUUUUUUAAAAAAAAAAGUUUACAAAAAACCUCCAAGCACCUUAAAAUGCAACCUCUUUCUUGCAUUCUUCUCUCUAAACAUCAUGUGAUAUCGAUUUUCUUAUAUACCAUGUUCUUCGUUUGUGUUUUUGUAAAACAUCUCGAAAAUCAUAUUUCGAAAACUUUAAAGAUUAUAGAAUUAUGUAAAUCAGCGGUGUCACUCUUUUCGGCCAAACUUGAGCUCCUGUUUUCAUCUUUAUAAGAGAUGCAAAAAUCAAAGCAAAAAACAAAGAGUUCUGCAAAUUUUGUGUGUACUAGAACUUACAUAGCUUUUUACAAUUUUUAAUGAUAUGUACAAAGAGCUUGGAGCCAAAGAAGGAAAUCUAGCAUUGAAACAUUUUUUAAAAGUAGUUCGGUAAAGUUUCUUUCAAGAUGUGCUUUUAUUUUUGUCAGCCUGUGUGCUUAAUUGAAUUUUCUAUAGUACUUUCAAGACUUUACCUAAUUAAGUACCUAGUUUAGAACGUAGACAUCAAUUGGACAAAAAACGGCAAUGAAACUGACAUUAUUUGACCAAAACUUGGUGGUAUGCGUAAAAACUGACCGGCUGGUUGUUGAUAAUGACAGCAACCACUGAGGUGAAAAUAUUUUCUUCAGAAAAAUUUACUUUACCAAGCAGAAAAGACAAGGCAGUUGAUUACAAUAAUGUACGAUGGGUGUAAGUAUCAAAUUUAUGACUUUUAUAUAAUUGGAAAUCUUUUUCUUUUGGUAACAGAGGUAAGAAUUAUAGCUAUCUCUUCUGCAAUAAAAAGUUUAGCAGGACCUAGAAAAGGCUUUUUAAGGCGAGCUUAAAGAACAAAUUCCUUCUAUCUUGGCGCAAAGAAGCCUUCAUUUAGACUUCGAUUUAAAAAUCAUUCUACUUGUUAGACAAACUAUUCUCCUUAGAAAGUUCCAAACCAUUCUCCUUAGGAAGUUCCAAACCAUUCUCCUUAGGAAGUUCCAAACAUUCAUAGAAUUUAUACUGCGCCAGCAAAAAACCUGGCUAGGCUUCCCAUGAUAGUUACAGCCAUGCUGUUAACACUUCAUUCAAAUAUAGUUUUUUGAGCAAUCUUCACUGAAAACUGUAACAUAAACUCUCUAUGCCUAGACCUGCUGAUAUAGAUCACCUUAACACAAAAUGAGUAAAAUUGAAACAAAUAAAGUCCACUUCAGUCUCAACCGUGAAACGUAUAUCUUUAGCUACUUCAACACUCGUAAACCAGUGUCAAUAUCUUACGUAUUAAUCAAUCAUUGGUCGAAGGUUCCUAGCAGAGUGGAUGCAUGGGUGUAUAGUCCGAUGAUCAAAAGAAAAUUUUAAUUGCAGCAUCGUAAAGUCGACCCGUGACACAUCCACUUAUAACAAUGGUUAAUUCACGAUUGUUAUAGCUAUUCAAAGAGAAUGCAUUUGACUAAGAAUGCAUUCGCAAAAUGAGCAGUUUCUUAUUAUUAAUUGUCACAGCUCUACAUCAGCUUUUAGUUCUUUUUAGCUGAGAAACAGGUGCAUUCAUCAGACAGGCUUACACAGAAGAGACGCAUUUUGCAGUGUUUGAUCUUCAAUUGUCUUUUUGUGCGAAAUACAUAAGCAAGCGUGGCCGGCCUUAAUUUAAAUCACUUUCUGUGUAGACUCAAGCUUUUACCAUCAAAGUAUUUACCUAGUGUUCACAAAUGGCAAGAAACUGGCCGCCGAACAGCGCCAGAAUGAUCGCACCCGAUCAUCAAGCUGGAGAUUAUUAUUUUUGUUCAACUUUAAUAUUUCUAUAACGCUUCUCCUGUUAAGAAGCUCAAUUUUAUUGCAAAAAAACAGCUGCUAGUAUUCUCGUCCUUCUUCAAAUAAUCGUCAAUCUCUGAUCACCUUAAUUCAUAAUAUCAAAUCCAUUUGAUGAAAAUUCGCGCCUACGUCGAAAGCAUUUCUCAGCUUAGAGCUUUUAAUCAUAGGAGUAUGGUUAGUAUUAUGUGUAAAAACAUUUACUCGGCUCAUAAUCCUUUCAAUGAUGCAAACAAAAACGCUUUCUUCAAGUGAUGUCAAUGCACAUAAAGUUAGAAGCUUUCUUAAAUAUAUUAUUGCGGUCCUUUGCAAAGGCCUGCCGCUAAAAGCACACCAUUACUGAAAAGUAUCACUCAAGUUUUGUUGAGAGUUGAAUCCAUUUUUUUGGGUCCGGAAAAUGAGCAAUCUGACGGGCAUCCAACAAGAAUAAGCAAAACUUCCGUUAUCUCUCAUCAUUGCCACAUCUGUUACAAAUUCAGAGAUCCAAAUAUUUGUAGAAUGAUAACAGGCUUGAGAGAUUUAAAAGUUUUUCAAAGUCUUAUUUGAUUUAAAGAGAAAAUAAACCAACCUACAUCGAUUCAUGAUUUAUGUUAUGCUUAUAUUAGCGGACCUAAUUUUUAAAACAUGAUUAUUCAAUGAAAAUUUAGAAAGAAGAUUGCCAAAAAGACAGUUAGAAGUGAAAAAAUUUUGACGGUUCAAAAUUUGAAGAUGGUUUUGAAAAAAAUGAAAAUUUUGCAACAUGCUAAAAGUUUUUUCGUUUUUAAAACAUGAUAGGCCAAUGUCGAUCUACAAAAGGAUAUAUGAACAAUUUUUUUGCGGUACAGAAUUUGAAAAUGUCUUUGAAAAAAGCAAAGAUUAUACAACAUACUAAAAGCUUUUUCGUCUGACACUCCUCAGAGCAAAAAACGUCAGAAUAAGGGUCCGAAAGAACACGAUAAAAAUAUAUAUAUACAUAGUUGUGGAUCGAAAUAGGCCAAUCAGAAAAACGCAAGCACAAGACCGGUAUAGUUGACCAAUCAGUGCCGCGAGCCUAAAGAAAAAUUACCACUUGGAGAGCCGACCGGGCUCUGCCAAUUAUCCGAAACAUGUCGUCAUUAUAGAGUUUUGCACAACCUGGGUUAUCUAAAAGAUGUUGACCGAUGGCAGAAUCAUUUGUUUAAACAGUGUUUCUAGACCUUCAAGAUCGAGGAGGCUGUUCUCUUUGAGGGGCAGUUUUGUUUCUUAUGUUGAAAGGAACAUGCUGUUUGAUCCUAUCCCCUAAUCUUUGGGCUGUGCGUCCUACGUAGCCAGAAUCACACUGGCACGUAAAUUCAUAAAUGACGAAACUUUUUUGGUUGGUAGGAGCGCAAUCCUUUUGAAUGGAUGGAAGGGCUCUCCUAGUGUUGUAAACAAUGCGAGGAUUGACAGCAAAGAAACAUUUAGUUAUGGCUUGCCUAAUCUGACUCUCGAAUCGCAAGGAAGUGUUACCAAUCCAUGGUAGUUUCAAAUAAACUGGGCACUUUUGCGGACCAAACUUUUGAACAGCCGAAAAACUUGAUCUUCUCCUUAGUAUAAGAUAAAAUGACGUCUUCUGAAUAGCCCUUGUCCAGAAAAAUCGUUUUAAGUUUUUCCAUUUGCACGCUGAACUGAUUGUGCAGAUUUAGGGCUGAGUACUUUUUUCAUUGACCAAUUACUUUACUUGAACAAAAAUCUAAUAGAUUAAAAAAGAUAAAGUAUGAAGGACAAAAAUCACCUAUGACCCUCAAAAAUUCAGCCUCUUAAGUAAAAAAUUCCGAGUUAACAAUUUAUUUUGUUUAUCAUUUCAUAGUUUCUUUCCAUUUUGCAGUAUCAAUAUAGGUCAAGUUCCAUUAAUUAUAUAUUCAAAAUAACCCUCGUAACCAAAAAUUAUUAUGAUAUAGCCAGAAAAAUGAUCAGUCAGUCUGGUUUGAGACAUAUUACAAUACCAAGAUUAUGAAUAUAAAGUAAAAAUGGAAUAAUAGAUACACAACUGUCUAUAUUAAGUCCUUUGGGGCUUUUGAUGAUUUGUUCUUUUGUUCAAGACCGUUUCAGAUUUCGGCACGAUUGUAGGAAAGUGCUUUUUGGCAAUCAACUUUUCCAGUAACGUUAUUCAAAUAUUAGGUUCGUGUUAGCAAGGAGACCGCUCUCUAUCGGACGAACAUUUUCAAAUAACACAGCAAAUUUUCGCAGCAUACAUUUGACGUCAACUAUUUCAAAAAAUCACAAUUUUUCCAGAUUGCAAGUAUUUGUAAUAGGAGAUGACCUAUUGAAAUCCGAAAAUUUUAGAUUACAGAUUAGCUACGAGACAGUUCGUGAUACCAGAUUUCAACAAGAAACGUCGUGCCUUGAGGGCAGGGGGGUAUGUGCCCCCCUUUCAUCAACCAUUCGGCAAUUUGUCCAAAAUUUCAUAUCUGUUCGGCAAAAUAAUAUUUGUAGCUCUUAGAAAUGCAAGAAGCUCAAAGGAACUUAUCAGCAUUAGAAGGAAGAUAUAAACCGAAAAUGUUAACUAAAGACAGCAAAUCUGUACAUUUGUACGGUAAAUGGCAAGCUUGCCAAUUGGUAUCACCAAAUCCUAGUGCAUCUUUUUAAAGCUCAAAUGUGUACGAAACAGGCUGCCAUCAACAAUAGGCCUUUCUUUAGAUUCUUAAGAGAUUAUCUAUAUGGAAGGAAAUGACUACAAGAUAUCAUUCUAAAAUUUAUUUGGCAAUCUGUUCUGCCAACUUUGCAAACCGGAGAUCCACUUCUUUUCCGUUUUGCCCCAGGGCCUCUUUGACUUCUAUGUUGCCUUGAACAUAACUGAUGCAAUACUAGCCAGUGCUAAAUAAUCAAAACGACAAUAUACCAUGAAAUUGAAACUGCAUGCGAACUAGAUAUAUUAUUUUAUUUGCAUAAUGAUUAGCCAAACAUUUUAUCGGAUUCUGUGAAGCAAGAGUGAUUUUCUAACAUAUUUCCCACUGAAGAGAACAAUGAAACUUGGUAUAAAAAUGAAAGAAGAAAGUAGAGCUUAAUAGAAGAAACAAUUUAAACGGCUUUGAAGAAGUUAAAAUUAUGUUUAUAUUAUGAAAGACUUAAAUGAGAAAUCAAUUGUGAUAUAAAAUUUCAUUUAUAUUCUUCUAGUUUUUAAAUAAAACAUAAAUAAAGCAAAGCAAUUUUAACUGGAAGAGAUCUUACAGCUUAAAAAUCUUAAAGUUUGAAAAGAUAGGAGUGGAGGGUGCAGUGAAAUGCUCAAAGGCAAUGGCUUUUACCACUCUCUUAUGCAGCAGAUAAAUAGGUUUUAUAUGAACAUCAUGUGUAAAGCCCCAGGCUAUUAUACCAUACUGAAAAAAAGAAGAGAAAAAUUAAUUGUAUAGACAGAUUAAAACAUCAAAUGGAAGAAAAUAUCUUACCUUGAAAAACAUGCCACAUGUUCUAGCAAAUUUUUUUGAAGGUUCAGAUAAAUGAUAUUUUCAACUAAGUUUUUCAUCUAGAAGAACACCUAAGUGGCAGUGCAAGAAGAACAUUUAGAAAGAAAUUUUACUUAUCUAGAUUGCUGUAUCAGUUCAUUUCCAAUUUCAACAUUUGCUGUUUCUGAUGAUUAAUGUCGCUGAGACUGAUGAAAUUGGUUUUAUUACCGUUUUUUUUUCAAAAUGUCUUCUUUGUCUUUCCAUUUUAAAAGUUUCGCCACUAUUGGGCGUUGUAGAUCUUUCUGCUUGUUUCCACUUGGACCAACUCUGUGGCAGCGAUAAAUCUCAAACUUUACGGUUCGGCCCAGUUUAUCUUUGAUUACUUGCAUUACAAUCUGCCCUGUAUCAUCCGAGGUUUUUUCCUGUUGCUUGUCUUCUGGUCAACCAAUGAUUCGCACAUUGCAUCUCCUACUCUGGUUUUCUAGGAACUCGAGUUGAUCUUCAAUGGAAUCAGCAAAGUCAUUCAUUGUGUUCAAGUUGUCACCAUUUGCACAAACAAUCUGAUUAAUUUUCUCCGUUGACUUUUCAGCUUCAUCCAAUUUCGCCUUGGAAAUCUGAAAUCUCGCUUAAAGGUGAUAAAUGUCUUUCCUAAUGGAUUUCAUCUCAUCCUUGACAUCCUGAAUAAGAAGCACAAAAUUUGACUUGAAGGCUUCGGCUUGACUUUGUAGCAACGUCUUCAAAACUUCAAUCGUAACAAAUUUAUCAUCCAUGAUUGAUCAAAAUCCAUGAUUUCAACCGAAUGCAGCGAAAACCAAAGAAAACUAGUUUACUCGUAUUUUUUAACACUCUGAAACAUUUUUUAUUGAAAAGGGACUUAAAAAUGUACCGCAAUUUUACGUCAAAUUACUAUAGACACACGGCUUAGAUAGGCUGAUCCAAUACUUUUAGUCAUUACAAUGUUCAUCUUUUACAUAGUCUCCACAAUAAAACCUACAUAUGAGCAUUUUCCAUAAAAAUUUGAAUAUUUGCGUUUUCAUUGAUGCAUCUUUAAGACAUAUUUUGACUUUUUUACUACAUCUCACUAUUAUAUGUCAAAACAUUAUUGCACACUGCGGACUGAACAAAAGCAAUUUCGCGCUGUUUUUCAUAUCAUGCCAGAUGUAUCAAGACAGGUUGAGAUGAAUUCUUUAAAUAUGUGAUUUUGCGCAACAAUUGACGUAGAACUCAGCAAACAGCUUGCCUCAGCAAACUACUUGCCUCAGCAAAGUGAUUGUUAAGCUAAAGACGUAUAUAAACGAUAAAAUCAAUAGAGGAAUAAACCAUUGUUUAGUGACAUAAAUUAGCCAAUCGGAAGCACCUGUUCAAGUGAGCAAGAGCAAGUGGCUGCGGAAAAACAGGUCGCUCAUUUAAGAUUUAAAAUUUGAAGUAAUUUGUGCAUCUAUACAUACAUAUCUUCGGAGAGGAUUUGUGAAAUUUUUGGACAUAUAUUUUUUGAGCAACAAUUAAAAGCUGUGACCCAAGAAAGAAUGGACUCUGAUGGAUUAGAUCAAGAAGUCCCAUAUGGGUAUGCUCAGACUCCGGCCAACUUUGACUGUAAAGAGCAGGAAAAAGAUGAAACUGUUAAAUAUUCUGCAACUGUCUCUAAGCAAGUCACAUCAGAUCCAACAUUGGUCAUUGAUUCUCAAGAACUAUUUCAAGAUUUGGCUCAAAUGCAAGAUCAAUGGAUUCAAGAAGCAAAAAAAGACGAGCAGUUUGUUCCUGAAGUCCAAAAUUCAAGAAAGCUAGCAGCUGCAUCUCAAGAAGUUAAAGGAAUAAUUGGGAAACGGUCAAUUGUUAAAAUAGAGGUUGAACAAAAUGCAAACAUAUCAAGCUGCUGCGUAGUAAAGACAGAGCAAUGCAAAAUGGAAGAUAAUCCAUACAUGAAAAUAGCCUCUACUCAGUAUACAACCCUCACUCCCGCACAAGCACCAACAAAACUUUCGUCCAUAAAACGGCGUCAAAUUGGAGCUGAGAUACAAGCAUAUUCAACUGUAUCUGACUCAAUGUCACUUGCUUAUCAGACAUUGUCAGCAGGGUCCUCUCUGUCAAACGGGACGCAUUCAACGUAUGCCAUAAGUAGGCCCGAAUCUUCAUUCCAUUCAUACAUGAACCAAGGUAGAAGUCCUGAUUCAAAAACUGCACCUCAUGUAUCGCAUACACCAGCUUUCAAAAUUGAAGAAGCAAGCAUCAGCUACAGGGAAAAUUUUAAAAGAAGAACCGAUCAGCAAAGAGCUUGCUCCGGACAAUCAUCAGGACAAGCAGAGUAUUUUGGAGUAUAUUCAAGUUUGCAAGAAGCCUGUUAUGAAUCAAGCAUGCCACCGACACUCGAGGACCCUAUCAACGAUAUUCGAUUGAAGUACCAUCAUUUCUAUGGAGGGACAACAAGAUAUCAUGCUUACAAAGGCCUUGCUGAACAUCAACCCUAUCAUAGAAGAGGGUCUUUACAAUUGUGGCAGUUUCUAGUGGCCCUAUUGUCAGAGCCAGAUUGCCAGCAAUACAUUGCAUGGACUGGAAGGGGUCUCGAGUUCAAAUUGAUUGACCCCGAAGAGGUAGCCAGAAGAUGGGGAAUUCAGAAAAAUCGACCGGCUAUGAACUAUGACAAACUAAGUCGAUCAUUAAGAUAUUAUUACGAGAAAGGGAUAAUGCAGAAAGUAGCAGGAGAAAGAUACGUUUAUAGGUUUGUUUGCAGUCCGGAAGCUCUCUUCAACCUUGCAUUUCCAGACGGCAUGAGACCUUUGCUUAAACCAGAAUGCCACCAGCCAAACAAGGUGACGGAUCAACAAGUAAUUUCAACUUCACGUGACCAAUAUAAUUUCCAAACGUAUUUAAACAAGGUUGGACCUUCGUGCAGGCACCCUUCUUGGAACAAAAACAUUAACUGUGUGUAUCAGUAGCGAUUGUGACAGGUCGGCCAUGUUAAAUUCAUUGGGGCAUUGGGUAAUCCAGCCAAGAACCAAGGGGUUGAAUAGCUAGUAGCAAAAAUCGUAGAAAUGAUACUGAACAAACUGGUAAAGUUUGAUAUAUAAAAGAUAUCUCGCGAAGCUUGACACACUCUCUCAAUAUGCAAGAAAUUUUGAUGAAUAUCGAAUUAACACAAAGAAUGAAAUGGAUUCAGCCUUGACCACCAAAAAUCAUGAGAAAUGUAUUUGAGGGACUUUUAUGAGAAAUGCAAAAUUUUUCAAUUCAAGCUCUUCUUAAUGCCAGACCGCCCAUUAACACUUGAGAUUGCAACUUAUACUGUAAUUCCUUUUCAAUGCAGCUUACGAAAAAAUUUUCAUGAUAAGGAAACGCGAACCAAAAUUGCAAAGACAGCUUUGCACAGAAGGUAAUGAUAUAAAUGUCACAUAUAUAAAUGAGGGAAGACAAUCUAUAUGAUUUAAUAAAACCCAGAAAAAUUUCAAAAUUUUACAAUAGCUGGUUUCAAUAGACUAUCUCGGAAGAGUUCACGAACUAUUUUUACUCUUUGCCAGGGCCUAAAAGUGGCAAAUGUCUUAAUUUAACAUUGAGUCUAAAUAAAUUUUUAAGUAGAAUUUGCUACCUUCCUCUUGUAUUCUUUACAGUAUCUAAGUUGAAGUGGAUAUAAAUCAAAACCUGGCCUAAAUUUUUAAAGCAAAUUGGCUAAAAAAUUUUUGAAAACUUUCUGUAUAUUUAUGAAAAGCAUCGUAUCGUUCCAAUCAAAGAACGAAACUUUCUGUAGCACAUCAAAUGACAUCUAAAAAGCAGCUGACUUUUAAGGAAGUUAGUCACUUUUUAAUACUUAUAAGAUAUUAUGUAUAUAUUGUAUCUAUUUGAUUAUGUAAAUCUGGAGAGUAGUAUUGCAUGGAAAUAUUGUAUUUAAAUUGAAUAAUAUCAUAAACAAAAUUUCCAAAUUUAAUUUUUUCUUUCAAUGUAAUACUGUUUAUGAGGCAAAGGAAAAGAAGUCGCUCGUAUUGCAAUGUUUUGGAUAGUUAAUGAGACUGAUUUGCUGAAUGAAUAUCAGCAGAGUUAAGCAAUCAUCAUUAUCAUGUUCUACGGAUCACUUGAACAAAAUAUUUUGGUUUUCUUUGUAAAACAUCGAAUUAUGUUAAAAGUUUUCUGGACAAUGACUCUGCCUACAAAUCGAGCAAGACUGAAAAAUGUUCAAGAAGUGAUUAAUACAACAAAUAUUUUCCUGCAGAUAUCUACGAAGCUGCAGAGGUUUGUUGAAAAAAUAUAUUUUCUCGGCCGACAAAAGUGCUCAAUAUAAUCGAAAAACCAUGAACAUUAAUACGCAGGCAACCUCACUUUGGAUCUAGCAAAAUAACAUAAUACUCCUAAAGUAGGCAAACGGUAGACUACCUAAAAAAAUGAAAA